GGCUAACCGAGUGCUAUCAGAGAGACGUUCAGAGCAGCGCCGCCUCCUCACUGUCAUCGGCACCACUGCUGUCAUGGACUCUGACCUGCUUAAACUCAACCAGCUUAAGUUCCGAAAGAAGAGGCUUCGUUUCGGACGCAGCCGAAUCCACGAAUGCCUGUUUGCGAUGGAGCCCAUUGCUGCUGAUGAGAUGGUCAUUGAGUAUGUGGGUCAAAACAUAAGACAGAUGGUGGCUGACAAUCGAGAGAAGCGUUACGCACAGCAGGGCAUCGGGAGCAGCUACUUGUUCAGAGUGGACCAUGAUACGAUUAUAGAUGCCACCAAGUGUGGGAACCUGGCACGAUUCAUCAACCACUGCUGCACUCCAAACUGCUACGCCAAGGUCAUCACCAUAGAGUCCCAGAAAAAGAUUGUGAUCUACUCAAAGCAACCCAUUGCCGUCAACGAAGAGAUCACGUAUGAUUACAAGUUCACUGGAGGAGAAAAGAUCCCUUGUCUGUGCGGAACGGAGAACUGUCGUGGGACGCUCAACUAGUCAACGCACUUCUCUACCACACUUACCAAUGGCCAGCCAUACCCGUAAACACCUCCCUUUCCCCAUGAGUUCGCUCUCCUAAAUGUGUAACUUGAACCACCCCAGUACACUAUGCUGCCCCUCCUCAUGGCCUCAUAGCCGGCCUCACAGUACCUAGGACGUAGACACGCACACACUUGGCACUUUUCAC